AUCAGGUAAUUGAAUUUGCAUUUGCAUAUCGAAUGCCCGAUCUUAUCAAAUGUAGGUAAGCGAGGCUAAAGACGAGUCGGGGGUUGAUGCGGAUCGCUUCAGGCAGACUUUGUCUCAAUGGGAAUUUGCAGAGCUAUGUAAUUUUGACCUUGGAGGUGGCAGCCAGUCUGUAGUACCGAGGGAGGUCGACCUCGCUGUGCUUGCUCUCGUGAAUCUUGCUCGUCAAGAACCGUGCCUCAAGGAAAUGGUGGACUUGGACGUCGUCCCUUUACUGCGGAGCGUCGCUAUUGCCUCCAGGAAUGGCACUGUCGUUGGGAGGCAGUUCUGUACAGCAGAGCUGUGGGUGAUGGAGAAGAGGCAUCUGGCUGUCUCCAUGGGACAACAUCUGCGAUUGGGUUCUAAUCCGCAUUGCUUGCUCAUGGCUAUCGAUGCACCAGUGCUCUGGAUGAUCAUUCAGAACUCAUGUACUGUUAGCGCUGUUGCUGACUGCCUCGCCGAAGCUCUGGACAUCAGUCAGCGGCAGGGUCAACGCGGAGAGAGGAGAUCUCUUCUAAACGCAGCUGCUUGUUCGUUCUGUACUCCGAGUAUCAGCGGAUAGCUGAGUGUUUAACCGGUCUGCUGACUGUAGAGUCUAAUCGUGGGACUCUACAGGGGCGACUGGUGGAUGCUCAGUUUAUUCAUCACAUUCCUUGUAGAUUGUUGUUAUAUUGUACGGUACCUUGAACUACUUAAAUUCUUUCUCACUCAAC